UUUGAAUGCUCUUAAUCUUUUUCGCCAAAAAAGUAAACUUUUAUUUCAAAUUAAAACAUUUCUUUUCGAUAGAUAGGUAAAGUCAUUGGAAAAAUAUGUUAACUUUGGAGGAAUCUCCAAACUUGAAAUGUCUUGAAUAUUCUUGUAUGCUUUAAAAUUAUAGGAACUUUUCUAAAUUUAGCCAAAUAUCAGAUUUUGGAAAGGUUAUUGGAUGUGAUAGUUUCAGUCUCAUUAGAGUGUUGCAUCUUUUAAUAUUAUUUCAUCAUGUUUCCUCAUAUUAAUAUUAAUGAUCAUUCUCCCAUUUCUUCUUCUUCUUCUAAUUCCACAAAUCACACACACGUUUGUCAAACAUACCCUAACACCAAUGCUAAUACAACUUCUAUCAACUGAAUCAUUUUCCUCGGCUUGUGUUCACUAAAAAACUGCGCACUUAAACACGAUAAUGUAAUUGCCAUAUCAUACAAAAAAUACACAAUUCCUUCACAACUAUUCUACACAACUCCAACCUCCAUUUUACACGCACAUGGACAUGGCAGACCGCGGAUUAUUCGCGGCAUAUUAUGUCUCGUGAAGCAUUCAGUUCAGGUCAAGCAAUAAAUACAGGCACUAGAAGUCCCGGUCGCCCAAGCAGACGUUUAACAGAACUACCAACCGUCGAUAGAUCGCCGUCGAGAGACUACGGAGCCCGAGGAAGUCCUUUAGCCAUGGGUAGUCCAUACUACAGAGAUAUGGAUGAGCCGAUAAGCCCAGCAGGGGGCGGCCAUCAUCGUAGCAGAAGUGCCACACGAGCACCGACUCACACAAUGGAGUAUCCUCGAGAACAACUCAGAACACGAUAUCAAUCGUUGGAUAGGGGACUGGUUGAUCCUCAUGACCGGGAAUUCAUUCCGAUCCGGGAGCCCCGGGAUCGAUCGCGAGAUCGCUCACUCGAACGGGGACUCUACCUCGAGGAGGAAUUGUACGGCCGUCCUGCAAGACAGAGCAUGCCAGAUCGGGGAUAUCUCGGAGAUUUGCAAGUUCAAAACAAUGAUUUGCAACGCGAACUUGGCAAUCUCAAAAAGGAACUCGAACUGACUAAUCAAAAACUAGGUAGCUCUAUGCAUAGUAUCAAAACCUUUUGGUCUCCGGAGUUGAAAAAAGAGCGAGCUCUUCGAAAAGAGGAAAGCGCCAAAUACAGCCUCAUCAAUGAUCAACUUAAGCUGCUAAAUAGUGAAAAUCAGAAACAAGCAAUGUUGGUUCGACAGCUCGAAGAGGAACUGCGUCUGAGAAUGCGAGCUCCAAACAUUGAGAUGCAGCAGCAGAUGGAAGCUUUGUAUGCAGAAAAUGAACAUCUCCAGCGAGAGAUUUCAAUUUUGCGAGAUACAAUCAAGGAACUCGAAUUGCGGAUAGAAACGCAGAAACAAACUCUGCAAGCCCGAGAUGAGAGCAUCAAAAAACUGCUGGAGAUGUUGCAGAGUAAAGGAAUGGGCAAAGAGGAGGAACGCCAAAUGUUUCAGCAAAUGCAGGCUCUGGCGCAAAAGCAGCUGGACGAGUUUAGACUUGAAAUUCAGCGUCGCGAUCAAGAGAUAAUGGCAAUGGCGGCUAAAAUGAAAACACUGGAGGAACAACACCAGGACUAUCAACGCCAUAUUUCUGUGCUGAAAGAAUCAUUAUGCGCUAAGGAGGAGCACUACAAUAUGCUUCAAGCUGAUUUACUGGAACGUAAAAUGGUGGAAGAAUUACGAAAUCGAUUGGAGGAGAAAAAUCGCAUGAUUGAAAAAAAGACGCAGAGUGCGAUGCAGUCGGUGCAGGACAAAAAUCGUGUUCAAACGGAGUUAACUGAACUGAAAGAGCACAUGGAUAUUAAGGAUAGAAAAAUUAAUGUUCUUCAAAGAAAGAUUGAAAAUUUGGAAGAUCUACUCAAAGAAAAAGAUAAUCAAGUGGAUAUGGCCAGGGCUCGCCUGAGUGCGAUGCAGGCUCAUCACUGCAGUUCGGAAGGAGCCCUUUCUAGCUUGGAGGAAGCCAUUGGAGACAAAGAAAAACAAAUGCAGCAACUUCGUGACCAACGAGACAGAGCUGAGGGCGAGAAAAAAGAAGAAAGGGAACUUCAUGAACGUGAACUGGCUGAAUAUAAGAUGAAACUGCACACUUUGGACAGCGAAGUCGAAAAGCUAACCUCUCGUCUUCAUCGUGCAUUGAACGAAAAAGAUCGCCUUGAAUCAAAACUCGAGUGUUCACAAAGCGAACUUGGAAAGUCCAAAGCUGAGCUGGAUAAAGCCGCUACUGAUGUUGGCCGUAGUGGCAGUGACUGGGAAAAUGCCAAGCAAAGAAUUUCUCGUCUUGAACUUGAAAAUGAAAGACUUCGAGCAGAUCUGGAACGAUCUCAGGUACAUGUACCAAAUACGACUUUCGGACGAUCAACGCUGAGUACUUCACAAGAACUGGAUCGAGCACAGGAACGAGCGGACAAAACAUCAGCUGAACUGCGUCGAACUCAGGCUGAGUUAAGAGUCACACAAGAACAGACAGUAGACAAUUUUUCUGAUGCCGAACGAGCAAGAGGCGAAGCCGCAGCCUUGCAAGAGAAGUUAGAAAAGAGUCAAGGCGAAGUUUAUAGACUCAAAGCUAAACUUGAGAACGCACAAGGUGAACAGGAAAGCAUAAAGCAAGAAAUGGAAAGAAGUCAAACUGGAAUACAACGAAUUGUUAGUGAAAGGGAUAAGGCGUAUGCAGAGCUGGACAAGAUACGUGAGGAAUUAGAAAGAUCUCAAGCGACAUUGGGCAAAUCACAGCUCCAGCAAGAGAAAAUUCAAAAUGCUCUGGACAAAGCUCAAAACGAAGUUGAUCACUUGCAAGAAAAACUCGACAAAAGUGUGGGUGAAGUCAGAAGGCUUCAACUUGAGAAAGAGAAGAUCAACUAUGAGUUUGAAAAUAUUCAAUCACAGCUCGAUAAGCAGCUUGGCCAGUCCUCCCGAGUACAGAAAGAGAGGGAAGCUGUGCAAAUGGAUCUGGAGCGUUAUCGCGAUAAGGCAGAUAAACUACAAACUGCGUUGAGUCGUCUGCAGAAGGAGAGAGAUAUUUUGGGAGAUGAAUUAGAAAAGCUAAAAGAGAAAGCAGAGGGAACCCAAAGUAGUGCACUCAAAUAUCAACGUGAACGUGAUGCUAUUCAAACAGAGCUGGAGGUUGUCAAAGAACGUUGGGAAAAAGCACAUCAAAUACACCAGAAGCUACAAAUGGAACGAGAUGACGCAGUCACAGAGAUUGAUAUACUGAAGGAAAAACUAGACAAGGCACUGUAUGCCAGUCAAAAACUUAUUGAUGAGAAAGACAAUUCAAACAAAGAAUUUGAAAAGAUGUUGGAAAAGUAUGACCGAUCACAGAAUGAAAUUUACCGGCUGCAGUCCAGAUGCGAUACAGCGGAAGCUGACCGUAAUCGAUUGGAGGUUGAAGCAGAACGUUCAGCACUUGCCGCCGCAAAAGCCAAAGAGGAUCUGCGGAAACUGCAAGAAGAAACCACUCGCUUGCAGGAAGCAUGCGACCGAGCAGCAAUGCAGCUUGGACGCUCCAAGGAACUGGAAGAUAAGGCAAAAGAAGAUGUCGAUCUUAUCCGUGAAAGACUUGAUAAAACGCAAGCCGACUUACGGAGAGCUCAAGCAGAGAAAGAAAACAUCCAAGCAGAAGUCGAGAGACUUACAUACGAGUUGGAUCGGGCCCACAACAGCUAUACUAAGCAGACCGCUUCGCUGGACGCAGCUCAAGAAGAGGCAGCACGGUAUAGUUUAGAGAUUGAAAAAAUGCGUGAACGUUAUGAGAAAACAGCUGCGGAAAUGCGACGCUUGCAAGAGAAUGAAUCAUUUUCCAGAGAAUCGCGUCGUUUGAAAGAGGAAAACGACCGACUUCGAGAAAAGUAUGACAAAAUGAUGAUGGAAUUGGAAAAUUUCCGCAGCAAGUCACAGUACGAAGAGGAAACUCUAGAGAAGUUUAAACAAAAAUUCGAAUUACGCGAAAACGAAUGUCAAACUAUGGAGCUUAAGCUGCAUGAAGCAACACUACAGCUAGAUUUAGCACGGCAAGAAGUACAAAAGCUUAUUGCCAGCCAAGACAAACAACGCACCGACGCGGAACGUGCACAUAUCGAGUACGAGAAAAUUCGUGAUAAGCAUGAGAAGCUUUUGAAAGAGAUGGAACGACUCCGGCAGAACCCAGGCUCUGCAGUCAGCCCUGGAGCACUCGCCGCGGCUUCAGUUGGCAUGGGCGACAAAAACGAAAUAGAUAGACUACGGGAUCGACUAGAGAAGGCUCUUCAAAGCCGAGAUGCUACCGAAAUGGAGGCCGGUAGACUUGCCAAAGAACUUGAGAAAGCGCAACUACAUUUGGCUAAACAACAAGAAGCUUACGAAGCUACUAGAAUCGAAUUUGAACGCAUGUCUGCGGAGCUCACUCGAGUGCUUGAGAGACUGGAAAAAUCCGAAGCUGAAAAAGAAACUCUUCGACAAUCAACCAAGAUUUACGAAAAACAUCAUCAGCAGCAUGCAGCUUGUAAUAAUAUUGAUCAAAACGUUCUGAAGAUAGAAGCGGACAACAAGCAACUGAUGGCCGAGCGAGACCAACUAGUAAUGCAACUAGAAAAGAGUCAAGAUAUGCUGAUGAGCUUCCAGCAAGAACUGAACGCCGCUGAACUUGAACUUCAACGACAAUGCGAGGAAAACAGACGGCUGAAGAAUUCUCCACAAGGCGCUCACGGUCAACCUCAAAACAAUUCCCAAGAAAUACAAAACUACAAAAAAGAGAUCACACGGUUGAAGCAAAUGCUACAAGAAACUGGAGCUCGAGGAGACAGUGAACUUGAGCAGUGGCGUAAGGUCGUUGAGCAAGAAAAGAACCGUGCCGAUCAAGCCGAGAAGGCAGCAAUUGAACUGCAAAAGCGAAUGCAGGUAAUGGAGCAGCAGCUAAAACAACAAUUACUGCAAAUGACUAAUAUGCAGAAGCAAAUGACACAACAGCAGCCACCACAACAACCACCCCAACCACAACAGCCGCAAAUUAAUCCUAAAGAAAUGGACAAAAUACAAGAAGAGCUCAAAAACGCCGUCACGCAGCGGGAUCAGUUCCAAAACCAGCUCGAGUUGCUGGUUCAGGAGCUUGAGAAGAGUCAGUUGGAAGCCCAGGAUGCGGCAAAGAAAGCACAACAACAACACCAAAAACUGCAGCAAAUGGAACAACAAAUUCAAGUGUUGCAACAGGAACUUCAGCAUGCAACUCAAGCAGCAAACCAGAAAGCAGCCCAGCAAGCAGGUAUUUCCGAACAUGAUCGAAAGCAACUCGAAGCACAAAUGAAACAAAUCGAGGACGCCACUCGACUGCUUGAAAGUGAACGUAAGACAUUCGAGGACCAACGAAAGGUUAUCGAAAAUAAGCGGAAAGAGCUGGAGGAGAAAGAAAAAAAUCUAGUCGAGUUUGACAAGCAGUUAAAAAAACGAAAAGAACAAAUGGACCAGCUGGAAAAGUCACUUCAAAAGGCUGGUGGCACUGCAGCAGCAGCAGGCGAAUUGAACAAACAGUUAACAGAAACGCAGCAACAGCUAGAUAAGAUUACAAAAGACUUCAAUGAAGCUAAAGAGGACGCUCAACGAUCGGCUGCCGAAACAGAACGAUUGCUGCAACUUGUACAAAUGACCCAAGAGGAACAAAAUCAGAAGGAAAAGACUAUUAUGGACCUUCAACAAGCUUUAAAAAAUGCUCAAGCAAAACUCAAAACAGCACAGGCACAACCCCAAGAUGCUGGACCAGCCGGUUUCCUGAAAAGUUUCUUCUAAGCAUCGUGUUAUUAAAAAUCCACUGGUUUGUUAUUCUUUUGGAAUGGAGCUGUUGGAAACAGGAAGGUCAUUUUCGAAUACAGUUCUUCAGAAGCGUAUGAUGAUGGCUUGGGCAUCUGGCACAUUCGCAUUGCAACAGUAUGGGUUUUCAAGGAAAACAAAUCAAAUAUUUUUCCUAACAACAUUGAUUGGAUAAUGCGAAGGUUUGCAAAUCGUUCACAAGCAAUAGAACAUCUGACAAAAUAAAUUGACAAAGUGCGCCAUGUUUGCGAGUAAACUGUUACAGAGACAAACUAAUACAAACAAUGCUGCCAUAUUGAAUAAAUUAAGUUAAAUAUUAGAUAAUGUACUUUAAAGGUGAUAUAUAUCUAAGGAUAUCGCUGAGCUCGAACAUAUGAGGAAACAAG